CCAAACCGUUUCACUUUUGGUUCGACAAACAACGCGAGCGGACGGACUUUCGCUUCUGUCCUUCUGGUUUUCCAAUCGGCCGAAAACCGCGUGUUGUGAUUCCGUUCCGUUUUCGUGAAUUUAGACAAAAAUACCGUGAAAUAGAAAUUCGCGAAAGAAAAGUGGUGCCGCCGGAGAUAUGAAUAUCAUGAAAAAGUGCGGUUUUUGCCAGCUGCCGGCUGGUCUGAUGUGUAGUCGCUGCCUGGAGGUGUACUGUUCCGUCGAGUGCCAGAUACGCGACUGGUCCGAGCACAAGAAAGUUUGCAUCGUCAUUCCAAAACUGUACCCCAACGAUAGCUAUCUGGAUGUGUUGGCCAGUGGCGUAACGCUACCAUUGAGAAGCUCAUCUCUGAUCGAGCAGGCCUCAAGUCGAAUGCUGGUGAACAAUGGGCGUUCCCUGAAGCCACCGCGCAAGCCUAAUUUCCCCGUGGGUUCCGUUGAAGUAUCGGUGGCUCGGGAAGCAACAGCAUCACUUCCGGAUGGAUGCGAUAACGUACCGGAGAAGUCGGAACCGGACGGAAGCCCAUCCAAGAAAGCCAACAACAUUACCGUCACCGCUGACUGUGUGAAGCGUAUGUCCAAGAUGAAGAUCGAAGAAAUCCCUCAACGCAACACAGUGAGCGAGUUGAAGCCCAAGAAACAGAAUGGCGCCGAGAAGCCCCAAUCGUUGGCCAACUUGAAACUGGAGAUGAUCAAAAAUCACAAAAAGUUCGUUGAUUUGAAAGAAGCCGCGGCGGCUUCCGGGUCGCAAGAAGGCGCUUCUCCAGCGGUCAACAAACAACGUAACAAUUGGCUUCUGCACUUCCCACUGGACAAACCGGAAGGCGAGUUCUUCGAAGUGAUCGUCCAGUACGUUGUGGCCAACCAACGCAAACAGUGUUGGGUUAUUUCGGCGGAUCACGAAACCCAGUGCGAUAAGUUGCUGCGCGACAUCAACGGGCAGAUCAAUCCGCAGGGGACGCCCGUCAAGUACGAAGACGUGCAGGUGGAUGACAUUUACGCGGCCCCGUACGAGGGGCUGUACUAUCGAGUUGUCAUACUAGAAAAGGUCGACCCUGCCAAAUCUUUGGUAAAAGUCCGUCUCAUCGACUACGGAAACGAAGUCACACUCCCAGCCUCGGACCUGCGAGCUCCGCUUCCGCUGAUGAAAAAUCUCAGGGCUUUUGCGUUCCUAAUCGAAAUUCAGAAUCUCAACCGACCCCUCGAGCUGACCGAAACCAUUCGAGUUUGCAUCGUACGCUCCGAGGAUGACCGGAAGAUCGUCGAAAUUGAACUGGGCGCUACAAGUUUGCUGCAGCUGCUGGGGAGAUCCAGCCAAACCGUUGGGGAGGGAGGAAUUGUGGCCAUUCUUUCUUCCCGGAAAGCUCUGAUCUUGCUCUCUUCGGAACCGGUGAUGCCCAUCAUGAAAGUGCUGUACACUCAGAUGCCGGGGGCUGCUCCGAAGUUCCCAAAGGUCGAAAACGCUAAGGUUGGAGCUUUAGUCUGUGUGGAAAUCGAAGGAGUUGGCUGGUCGCGAGCGCAGAUCAUCGAACAACACGAAAGUAACCGGAUCGUGUACACGAUUGACAACGGAACGGUUGAAUUGGUUAACGCACAGGACAUGCGCGCCCUGCCGGAUGAGUACAAGAACAAACCACGCCUUGUAUUGCAAAUGGAUUUGACCAAAGUCAUUAUGGACGAACAGGACUUCAAAAGGCUCUGCUAUAUGCCAAGUUUUGCGUUCAGUUUUGAACGGUUAAGUUACGACAAGCAACAGCACAGGAUGAAGUGCACGAUGAAGGACGUCGAAGGAAAGCGGACCCUGGCGGAAGUCGAAUUCUCCGAAUUCGUAUGCGAUCUGAAAUCUGCUGGCAUCCACUAUUGGCCGCACAUUCCGCAGGACAAAAGCAUUGUGAAAAUUUCCUCCGUUCUGGAUGUGGGAACUGUAAUAAUUUGCCCCAAGGGCAAAGUCAAUGUCUAUACCGAGCUCUUGCAAUCGGUAAUGUCGACUUUGACUCGUUUAACCGCUGUUCCAAACGUGAAGGACGUAGUUGUGGCCUUGGACGACGUUAUGAUGCCGUAUCGAGCACGUGUCCUGUCGAUUACGUCCCCGGCAGAGAUUGAGGUCCUGGAUCUCGACAAUGGUCACAUCAGAAAAACGCCUUUGCAAAAGUUGUACACCACUAACGGGUUUGUGAACAAUCUACCCGUCUACACGGUAAAAGUUCAAAUUCGAGACAUGAACGUAUCUGCAAUCAAGGAUAAGGCUUGUGUGCUGGAUCAGCUGGAUGAGUUCCGUACUAGCAAGCGGGAGUUCCGAAUGAUGUUCGAAGGAGGAUCGUACAUGUACGGAGUAAAGUUGAUAGACUUAAGCACCAGCCGUUCGUUGGUUACCAUCCUGAUGGAACACCACGACAAGAAGUUACGGGAAGCGGAGGAAUUCGCUAAAAAGAAGCAAGAACAGGAAGAAGCUGCUAAAAAGAAGCGUGAACAAGAUGAAGAGGACGCGCGACGAAGGGCGAAGGAGACAGCAGAUGCCAAAACAAAGGAAGAACAACGGUUAGAGAACGAACGUAAGGCCGCUCAAGCCGCGGCAGAUCAGGAGCGAAAGGACCGCGAGGAGCAAGAACGUAAGAAGGCCGAAUCGGAAGCCGUCAUGGCAGCGGUGCAUACAGUGCUCAAAAUCGACGAUCUGAAACUGAUUCCACUUCCUGCCGGAAAGAGUGGCGUCAAGCUAACGAUUUUGGACGACAGUGACCUGGCGCAGGGCGCCGUCACCGUUUGCGAAGUGACGGAGGAACAUAUGAAACGGUACGCGACCUUGACCGACGAGGUCAAUAAGCUGGCAGCCAGUUGUGGCGAGGACGGUUACGCGCCGAAGUUGGAUGAAUUGUGCAUUGCAAUUUUCGAUGCCGACAAGAUGUGGUACCGGGCCGUGUGCAUCCAGCCGCAACCCGAGAGCGAUGUGUUCCUGCUGCAAUUUAUCGACUAUGGAAACGUGGCUACGGUGAAGCGCAAAUCGAUUCGAGCCAUGCCGAAGGCUUUGGCCUUCCCUUGCGCAGCGCACACUUGCAUCGUUAAAGAUGCAUCUAAGGUGCUGUCUACGCUGGCCCAGCAACAGGCUAACCAAGGCUACGUACUGGCUCAAGAGAUCAGAGCAGAAGGAGAAAUCUAUUCGUUGAAGUUUUAAGUUUUUUUUUUUAUAUUCCUUGACGUAAACCGAUUAUUGUUAUUCCUUUUGUUGCAUUUCCUUUUCGAAAGUUUCUUUUCGAAUUUAAUAUUUUUGCUAACUAUUUCAAAUUGAUGAACCAAAAUAAAGCUCUGCGAUAGACGUUUCAAAACA